AUGGUGAAGUCGUAUCAGCGUUACGAGCAGGCCGGCUGGAUGGGUGUCAUUGCCUCCCAGUCCAACACUGUGUUUAUUGGUAACGACAUUGCACGGAAAUCUGUGGGACAGGUCAUCACGGGGGGGUUGGAGGACAUUUUGGUCUGGGAUAUCAAAACCGGAGAGCUCAUCAAAAGACUGCGAGAUGGUGCCAAUCCAGGAGCGCUAGACUCGUCAACACAAUCGGCACCAGCACAUGUGGUGAGGCUUGAGCACGAGCCGCGCUCGAACAUCCUGGCUGUGGGAUAUAGCGACGGCACCAUCAAAGUUUGGGAUCUGACCUCGAGCUCUGUGAUAAUCAAUUUUUCGGGCCACAAGUCUGCCAUUUCGAUGCUCCGAUUCGACCGUUCGGGAACACGCCUUAUUUCGGGAUCCAAAGACACCACGAUAAUCGUGUGGGACCUGGUUGGAGAAACGGGUCUUUUCAAGCUGAAAGGACAUAAAGAUCAAAUCACCGGGUUCAGUCUUCUGUAUGAGCCAGAGAACACCAACAUCGACGAAAUGGAAGACUGGCUAAUCAGCACCUCCAAGGAUGGUCUAAUAAAGCUUUGGGAUCUGAAGUCACAGCAAUGUAUAGAGACCCAUGUGGCGCACACGGGUGAAUGCUGGGCUUUGGGACUCAGUACCACCAAAGAACUUUGCAUUACAGCAGGCAUGGACACUCAACUAAAAUUCUGGAAGAUCGAUUUAUCUCAAGAGGACAAAAAACUCAUUGAACAGGGAAUUUACGACAAGCAAAGCAAGAGCAGAUGCACAGAAAUAGGGUUCACAAUCACGAACCAAGGAGAAUUUUUCUUUGCCUCCAACACAGACAGGACGGUUGAGUUUUUCCGUCUCAGAGCGGAGAAGGAGAUCAGCAAAGCCUCGGCCAAGAGACAGGCUAGAUUGAAGGAGAAAGGCAUGAGUUCGGAGGAGAUCCAGCGCGCAUUGGAUGAUGCCAAGGUCAAUAUGUUGAUUGCUCCUUUCACGACGAUUCACACAGAAAAAUCUAAAGUUCGCUCCACCACAUGGGCCCUCACAAGCAGCCGAAAGCUCGAUGUGGUGGUCACGCUGACGAACAAUGCUGUUGUCUACUACCAUAUUCCUGUUCCGGAAGCAGUGCGCAAACACAACCCAGUGGACAAAAUAAGUGAGGCGAAAUACUCUCUAUACAACUUGGGACAUAGACAAGAUAUCAGGGCUGUUGACAUUUCUGACGACGACAAGUUGCUUGUCACUGGUUCUAACAACGAGCUCAAAGUGUGGAAUAUAAAAACCAAGUCUUGUAUCAGAACAAUUGAGAAAAUUGGCUAUGUUUUGUCGGCUUGCUUUCUUCCCGGAGGAGCUUUGGUGGUGAUAGGAACCAAGGAGGGUGCCUUGAGACUUUUAGACCUUGCCACGUCCACGGUUCUCCACUCGCUGGAAGACGUGCACAACAGCAAGGCAGUGUGGUCGAUCGACCUCACUCCGGACGGAAAGACGAUCAUCACCGGUUCUGCUGAUAAAACGGUCAAAUUCUGGGAAAUCCAGGUGGAGAAAGAGCUUGUUCCGGGAACUGUCAGCAAGUACGUCAACCGUUUACAAUUAAACCACACCAGAACAUUGGAGGUGAGCGACGACGUGCUCAGUGUGAAGGUUUCUCCGGACUCCAAGUACCUGGCUGUUGCCCUUUUGGAUAACACCGUCAAAAUCUUCUUUUUCGACACGCUGAAGUUCUUCCUCAGUUUGUACGGACACAAGCUUCCUGUGCUUUCAAUUGAUAUCUCGUUUGACUCGAAACUGAUUAUCACGUCUUCCGCAGAUAAGAAUAUUAGGAUCUGGGGACUGGACUUUGGAGAUUGUCACAAGUCGAUUUUCGGGCACCAAGAUGCAAUAAUGAAAGUCAAAUUCAUUCCAGAAUCCAAGAAUUUCUUCAGUUGUUCCAAGGAUGGGAUGGUGAAGUACUGGGAUGGCAUAAAAUUCGAAAACAUCCAGAAGCUGGCUGCGCACCACUCUGAGGUCUGGAAUCUUGCCGUCAGUAACUCUGGCGAGUUCAUGGUGUCUGUCUCGCACGAUCACAGUAUUAGAAUAUGGGAAGAAACAGACGACCAGGUUUUCAUUGAGGAAGAGCGUGAAAAGGAGAUGGACGAGCAGUACGAGGAAGAAUUGCUUGACUCGUUAAAAGGCGACAGGGCAGUGAACGAAGACGAAGACGAAGACGAGGUGGCCAAGGUGUCGAAACAGACGAUGGAGACGCUCAAGGCUGGUGAGAAACUGAUGGAGGCUCUAGAUCUUGCUACCAAGGAGCUGGAAGAGACCCAGCAGUACGAGCGGGACCUACAGGCUUUCAAGCUCAAAAGGUCGGCCAAACAGCCUGUUCAGCCGACCCGAAACCCCAUUUUGCAGGCAUUGAACGUGUUGCCAGAGCAGUACGUGUUGGACGUUCUCACCAAGAUCAAGCCGUCGCAACUUGACGACGCGCUGAUUGUGCUACCAUUUUCGUACACGGUGAAGCUGCUACGUUUCAUUCGUGUUUGGACGGCUGGCGCAAACUUCAACAAGAACCUGACCUCGAUCUCGGUCAUCUGCCGCACGCUGUUCUUUGUGAUCCGGUCCAACUCGAUGGAGCUUGUGAGCCAGAAGGACGAAGAGUUGCGCAAGGAGUUGGACGACUUACGUAAUCAGCUCAGGACCAUGCUCAGGCAGACCAACACAGAGGUCGGCUACAACAUCGGCGGUCUGAAUUUCCUGAAAACCCAGUGGAGCAAUCACCACAGUUACAAUUUUGCUGACGACAAAACAUGGGAUGACCAGGAUAAAUCGAGAAAAAGAGUUUACACUACCUUGGCCUAA